GGGAAAAUCACAUGUCAGAAUAGUGAUUGGAGGCUGUAAUUUUGGGUGAACAGCUGAUACAGACAAAUGACGCCAGAUGGAGCCGACCCCAGACAAUGGAUGAGUUGAGUUCACUCCGUACUAACUAUGCAUUGCUGCUUGCUUGCUUGCGUCUCUGCAUCACACAAGCCAACCUGCUCCUACUUACUCACUUACUGCUCCUGCUCGACCGCCUAAUUCUUCUUUCACUCUUUGACCCUCACAUUCCAGGAGCUUUCCCCCCCCUCCCUUCCCCUUCCCUCAACUAUCACAGUCUCUCCUUUCAGUCAUGUCUAAUCCAGCUCCGUCUCUGCUGCCUUGACGGCUUGCCUAGCCUUUGUGAUUCCGGCAUUCCUUCCCAUAGCUAUCUGUCACAUCAGCUCUCUUAUCAAAAAGCUUGUUAGUACACGUCUGGUGCGUCUGGCUCUUAUUUUCUACGCCCUUUCUUCAGUUAAAUUCUGGGAGACGAGCUUGCUCUGUGCGAUCAUAAAUCCUUCUCAAUAACCUAACAGGUCACAUGCUUGCAGAACAGCUGUGUACUGUGUACUGUUUGACCUUUUAACGUGACCUAAACCUACUGACUCCCUUGAUCCCAAAAGG